CUCUUCCCCUCGCCGCCGUCCCGCCCUCGCCCGCAAACCCAAACACUCCGGGUGCUAGUGCGCGUGAUCUGCCUGUGGUCGUUUGGCCGAGAGAUGCUGCUGCUGGCGGCCGCCGGCCUCGUGGCCUUCGUGCUGCUCCUCUACAUGGUGUCGCCGCUCAUCAGCCCCAAGCCCCUCGCGCUGCCCGGUGCGCACGUAGUGGUCACAGGAGGUUCCAGUGGCAUCGGAAAGUGCAUUGCUAUCGAGUGCUUCAAACAAGGAGCAUUUAUAACUCUGGUUGCACGAAAUGAGGACAAGCUGCUGCAGGCGAAGAAAGAAAUUGAAAAGCACUCUAUUAAUGAUAAACAGGUGGUUCUUUGUAUCUCAGUCGAUGUGUCUCAAGACUAUAACCAAGUGGAGAAUGUCAUAAAACAGGCACAAGAGAAGCUGGGUCCUGUGGACAUGUUGGUUAACUGUGCAGGAACAUCUCUGUCAGGAAAGUUUGAAGAGCUUGAAGUUAGUUCUUUUGAGAAAUUAAUGAGCAUCAACUACCUGGGCAGCGUGUACCCCAGCAGAGCAGUGAUCACCACCAUGAAGGAGCGGCGGGUGGGCAGAAUCGUGUUCGUGUCCUCUCAGGCAGGACAGUUGGGGCUGUUCGGUUUCACAGCCUACUCUUCGUCCAAGUUUGCCAUAAGAGGAUUGGCAGAAGCUCUGCAGAUGGAGGUGAAGCCUUACAAUGUGUAUGUCACUGUGGCCUACCCACCAGACACUGACACCCCGGGGCUGGCAGAAGAAAACAAAACGAAGCCCCUGGAGACCCGGCUUAUUUCAGAGACAACAGCUGUUUGCAAACCAGAGCAGGUGGCCAAACAAAUUGUCAAAGAUGCCGUACAGGGAAAUUUUAAUAGUUCCAUUGGCUCAGAUGGGUAUAUGCUCUCUUCCCUGACCUGUGGAAUGGCCCCAGUGACUUCCAUCACUGAAGGACUCCAGCAGGUGGUCACCAUGGGCCUUUUCCGAAUCAUUGCUUUAUUUUACCUUGGAAGUUUUGAUAAUAUAAUUCGCCGCUGCAUGGUGCAGAAGGCAGAAUCCGAAACUGUAGACAAAACUGCCUAAUUCUUGCCCCUUGGACAAGAGACUGUAUCCAGUGAUUUGACAGCUUGCUGCUAAUGGAACUCGUCUUUGGCCUCCGGACUCUUGUGUCUUGUUUUUGAAUGUGUGAGACUAGACCCAGUGCUCUUCAGACAUCUGACUGCAGGCGAAGGGACAGAGGUCGUCUCUACAAUAUUACUGUCAGCACUAUGCAAAUAUGGACCAGGGCACCACUGGGUUUCUAGGCUUUGAGGCGAAGUGGUGGUCGCGUGGGAAGAAGCGACAGGAGAACAGGGUAAAGGACAGAACUCCAGAACGGGACAUUUGGGUUUUCAUUUAUCCUCCCCUCCUGCCUAUGCAGAUCAAGACAUGUAACUUGUGGCACACAAGAACUUUUGAGGGUUUCUUUUGAUUUUUGGUUUUAAUUUUUCAUGAAAGAUGGUGUCUGGGUUUUUAUUAGUUUUUUUUGUUGUUUGGCUUUUGGUUUUUAAUUUUUUCAGUGUAUGUUAUUCAAGGUGUGUCUUCCUCAAAGCAGUGAGUCUGACCGUCAGCUCCUCUGUGCCUGCUUGGGAACUCCUGCUCCUGAGGCUGGCUUCUCUCUCUCUUUGAUCCCUAAGACACGGGGGAUGAGAGAGCGGUGCAGAGGAAGGCAAGAGGCUGAGCCCUUCGCACAGGCAGGUGGGGCCUUCUUGUCUUCUUAAGACUAAUAUGUAGAACAUUUUCAUUUUUAUUCCUGGAGAAACGCAGCCUUCUUACAUGUUUUCUGAAUAGAAAUAAAAAUCUCAUAGACGCUUAAAAGUUUACAGUUUCUUCACUAGCCAUGAUGACGUGAAGUUCACAGUUCUAUUCCAGCUAGUCUCUGUGUUCUUCCCAUCUCUCUUGCUAAUUUUGCUUAUUCUUCUGUAGUAUUUUUAUAAAAAGGGGAAGGGGAACGAUGGAAAAAAUGCACAUUUUUUACUUUUUAAAUGAAUUUAUGAAUUCACUUAAAAAAUUAAAAGCAUGACAUUCUUAUAUUUUUGGUUGUGAGCCUAACCUUUAACGGCUGAGCCAUCGCGUCAAAGCAUGACGCUCUUAUCCUGUCAGCAUACAUGCAGCUCUUAGGGAAGGCAGCUGGUUGCACAUUUUCAGUCAAGUUACUGGUAAAAGCUGACUGAUUUUGAAGACCCUCUUAGAAGUAAGAUGUGCAGCUCUCUGUCUCGCGCUGCCUCAACAGUGUCCCUAGUAUGUAAGCAGACCUUUGCCUCCCUAAGUGCAGGCCGUGCUCACGCGUGUGCUGUGGGCUGCAGAGCUGCCACGCGCCGAUAGUCCAGCCUGUGUCCCCGCUCACUCUGUUCACUGUGCAGCUCAAGGACUGUUGUCUUUGCCUUCAUGUUUUGUCCUGUUCUCCCUGUAUAUGAAGUAGUGCGUUCCAGUUCAUUCCACUGGGAAAAUACCUCUACUUUCAAAGAAAAAAGCUUUUUAAGUGUUAAAAAAUAGAGACAAAACAACAACAAAAAUCUAUUGAAAACCUAGAAAUUAUUGUCAUGGCAAACAGUUGGUUUUUGCUUUUCUCUCUUUUCCUUCUCUCUCUCUCUUUUUUAAACUGGCUUUUGUUUUUAGUCUGGUAUCCUGUCUCAGCCACCCGAGUGCCGGCAGUAUAGCCCUUCACCGCUAUAGCCAAUGAUCCAUACAUUUUAUUUUCUCUUUGAAUAUUUCAAGCUCUUUUCUUAUGGUGGCUUAUUUUUUAAUUAAUAAGAUAUCUAAUGGCUUCAUCUUCAUCAAGACCUAGAAGAAUACAUUUUAAAUGUCAUUACAGAGAUGGCUUUGUUAGGUGCAUUGCUUGCUAUGACUUCGUUCCAUGUGUAGCAGUAGGUUGACAUUGUUAGAAUAGUUCCAAGACUCCUCCAGUCUGAUCUAGCCAAAGUUUGCGACCUAUGUCCCAUUGGACAGCUACUGGAGUGGACCAGUGGCUACAGGUUCCUCGUUCACAGGAAUUGCAUCCCUGUCUGCAUAGCUUCCAACUUUAUUUUCUUAUAAAUGUUCCCAGACGGUUGGCACUACCUACUAUUAUCUGUUAAAAUGUAGUCCAAGGUGGAGUCUGACAAAGGACAGUUAACUUUUUCAUUAUACCAUUUCCAGACAGUCUUCAGGUAGAGGCUGAAAUACAGGGAAGAGCCUUGUUUCAUGGGAGGAGAUGCAGCCCAUGACACCAUGGCAUGAGCCUUUUUGUCCACUGUUAGAGGCCCCAACACCCUCACUCAGAAAGCCUCAGAAAAAUCUUAUAAAGUUGAUACCGUAAUUCAUUUGUCAUCAAGACUUGAACUUGUUUUGAGAAUGUUGUAGUUUGUUAACUUUACCAGACUCCAUGCAGAUAUCCUCUGUAUCAGUAUGUGUUCCAUGUUACCUUUGAGAAGUCCGACCAAGCAUGAACUUUGACACACAGGCGUGGAAGGCAGCAUUUAAGCGGUGUCCCACAAGACUGUGAUUUUAUCCCAGGCGUGGAAACGCUAAUGGCUUGGUGGGGGACAGCUCGGUUGUUAGGGAAAUUAUCAACUUUCUUUUCUUCCUGACAGUUGACUGCAGGGCACUCUUUACCAUGUGUUAGGGCGAGUCCCACCACUGAGUUACUAAACCCAGCCCUAGGCUUACAGUUCUGCUGUAGAGUUUCCUCUGAGUGACCAGGAGCUUAUGGGCUUUCAGUUCUGAAUGCCUGCUGUGCUAGCUUGGAUUGUAUUAUUUUAUUGGAAUAUAUCCUAUCUUUAUUUGAAAAUUAACAUCACUCUGCUAUGUAAAUUCUAACAUAAAUUUAGGGACCAUUCGUAAUUGAGAAUGAAUAGGGAAUAAUCUUCUUUUACUUGUUUUUAAAAAAGAAGAGUCCCAGACUAGGAAGUGACUCAGUGGGAGAACCCUUGCCAGGCCCGUGUGAAGGUCUCGACUUCCUCCUCAGGCCACUGCAAAAACAACUUUCUCUCCUAUGGUUUUAAAAUUUAACAAGUUACACAGUUGAUUAUUUAGAAGGUUGUGGUCUCUUUUUAUUAAUACUUAUAUAUAAAUUUAGUGGUAUAUAUAUCUAUCUGAACCUGUUAAAUCAUAUAUUGAUUCCUGAAAGCAGGAUUUGUAGUUGACUUUCUGACAGAAGGUGAGAACAUUUCUAUCACAGCUGCUUUAAUGCACACAGCUAUACACACUUGUUUCAGUGAAUUAGGUCACCACAUUUAAAUUCAUUAUAUUGUGUUCUGAUUGAAACAUGUCUUACUGCAGGCCAGAGUUAAUAUUCACUCUUUUUGCUUGAGGAUGCAUUGUGUCUUUCUCAUUUUCCUUAGUCCUUAGGACCCCAGCUUUCAAAGCCCCUGCUGACCACCACCCUCAGGUUGGACUUGGCCUCGCUGCUCUGAUCGUGGUCAUUAUAUUUUAUAUUUGUUUGUGGUGAGAAUCGACGUUUUUACACUGACAAAGAACACAUGGCUGUUUUGAUAUUUAGGAAAGGGCUGUAGUUAGGAGCUUUUCUGGCAUUACUGUAACAGUUUUCAUACCUUGUAUUUCUGAACUACACAUACAAAAUAAAUGGGAACAAGCUUUA